AUGUCACAAGUUUACCUACUGCCGGUAGCCGUAUUCUUGGUGUUCCAGGUGACCUUUAUUGGCACAUACAUUGCCGCGGUCCUGGAAGGUCACGUCGUUCCCACGGUGCCGUAUAUAAGUGAUGCUGCCACCUAUUCGCCCGAGAGCUGCGUGUUCGGCCAACUCAUUAAUAUCGGCAGUGUUCUGUUAGGAAUUACCAUCUAUGUGCGCUACAGACAAGUGAUGCAGUUGUACGAGCACCAUCCCGAUCUGGACAUCGCUGUGAAGCGUCACAGUCGCGUGGCGUUGUGGUGUGGAAUGCUGUCCUGUCUGGGCAUUAGCUUCGUGGGCAACUUCCAGGAGACAAAUGUGCGCAUUGUGCACUUCAUUGGCGCUUUCUGCUGCUUCGGCUGCGGCACUCUCUACUUCUGGAUGCAGGCGCUCAUUUCGUACAUGAUUUAUCCCAUGUCUGGGACUCGAAUUUACGCCCAUCUGCGUCUGGGUAUGUCCGUCUGCUGUACGAUACUCUUCAUCCUACUUUCCGUGACCGGGCUCAUGUCACACAUCCUAUUCAAGGGCCAGAACCCCAGGAAAUGGUAUCCUUCGGACGGUGGCUGGUACUUUCACGUGAUCAGUAGCAUUUCAGAGUGGAUCAUUGCGACCAUAUUUAGCUUUUUCAUUCUGACAUUUACCACAGAGUUCCGCGAUAUCUCGCUCUCGCAUCCCCAUAUUGCAUUGAUGUCCUACUCUACAACAAUUUAAAAUUUAUUGACCGAGUAUUACUUGGAUGAGAGAAGCUAGUCAAUUUGACAUGUUGAUUCAGCAUCCAUCUCUCUAAAAUAAAAUUAGGAAUGAUUCCCCCAUAUGUAAUGGAGAAUGGAGAAAGAUAAUGGGGAGAAAAAUUACCCAUGACAUAAUGCUUUUGUCUGCAUUCGCUAUUCCACACAACAUUCACGCGAAGCUGUGUUCUUCAGCCCUCCCCUUCGACAAGGAAGAAUUUUCUACAUGGUGCUUAUCCCCUUGAUCUCCUUCUCUCCGUCGUAUCUCUCAGUCGUUAGCUUCCUCUAGCAGAUGCUGUGAUGUGUACAUACAUGCAUAUAUGCAAAGUGUUUCCAAAGAUAAAUAGUUAGACAGCCCGCAAGUUGAAGGCUCGGCAAGGCUUCUUCGCGUCGACUCAGUAUAGAGAAAUUACGUUUAUUAAUUAAGCAUGGACGUUUUUCGAAAUAUAAAGUUACAUUUUGCGAAAUAGGUUGAUGCGAGCUGUAAUAUAAAAACCAUACAAAUUUGUCAAAAUAUAAUGCAAAAAUAAAAAAUCA